CGGCACCCCACGGAAUCAUCCGUACAGCGAUGAGCCCCUGCUGCGCCACACCCCGGGCCGUAUUGUGAAGCGCCAAUCAAGUGCAAAUCGAGUUUGUCGGUGAUCGACAAUCGCCCUUCAACAACACCAGACUGCGACUCUGGACCGCGGCUCGCACGAGGCGGUGUAUCGCAACUCUCAAAACCGCCAAUCCCUCUCGAGGGAUUGAGCAAACCCGCAAAGAGAUGGGCUCAUUUCUGUCGAAGAACGAAUUCCCCGUUGAGGGCCGUACGGUCCUCAUCACCGGCGGCUCGCGCGGUCUAGGGCUCAGCGCAGCGCGUCAGCUCGCCGGAAAGGGCGCGAAUGUUAUCAUCGCUGCACGCGAUGUCGGCAAGCUGGAGGAGGGUGUUGCCCACAUUUCGCAAGGCGCCCGGUUCCCCGACAAGCAGCGCUUCCACUACAUCCGCGCCGACGUGACCACGGCGGCCGAGUGCGCUCGCGUGGUGAAGGAGGCGACGGCGUGGAACGACGGCGCGCCGCCCGACAUCGUCUGGUGCUGCAGCGGCAGCGCCCACCCGACUCUGGUCAUCGACACCCCCGUGGAGCAAUUCCAAACCAUGAUGGACAGCAACUACUUCUCGUGCGCGUACAUGGCGCACGCGAUACUCAACGCCUGGCUGCGCUCUCCCGCGCCCGCGGACGCCGACGCCGGCAGCAGCCGCAAGACCCCUGCCCCCCCGGCGCGCCACCUCAUCUUCACGGGCUCCUUCGUCUCCUUCUACAGCUUCGCCGGCUUCACGCCGUACGCGCCGUCCAAGGCGGCCGUCCGCUCGCUGGCCGACUCGCUCUCGCAGGAGAUGAACCUGUACGCGGGGGCGCGGCCGGACCUGCCGCGCGUGCGCGUGCACGCCGUGUUCCCGGCCACCAUGCCGACGCAGUCGCUCGAGGACGAGAACCGCGUCAAGACCGACCUGACCAAGGCGCUCGAGGAGGGCGACCAGGUGCUGAGCCCGGACGAGUGCGCGCGCCGCGCCAUCGCCGGCCUCGAGGCCGGCGAGGAGCUCGUGCCCACCUCCACCAUCAUCCGCCUGGUCAUGACCUCCGUGAUGGGCGGCAGCGUGCGCGGCGGCUUCUGGAAGGGCCUGGCCAACACGCUGCUCGGCUGGGUGGUGCUGAUCGUGAUGGUGUUCAUCCGGUGGGAUAUGGACAGCAAGGUCUCCAAGUGGGGGAGGCAGCACGGCGCGAGCGGGAUGCUGGGGAAGAAGUGAUGGUCGGCUGAGGGUCAGAGCAUUGUAUUCUGCUGAUUAUGUUGUUUCGUGAUCGAGGUUUUAAGGAGUUUAACGGCUGAAGCAGGCUGGGAAAAUAAUUGCUGAUCGGAGAAAACAGGCCACGUAGUUAGGGAUUCGCUUUCCCAAUAUCUAGUAAGCUAUCAAAAGUCGUCAAGGUCAAUAGGAAAGCCUCCCUGUUCCCAGGCUGUCGCGGCCUGCAGCCUACCAAGAACUGUACCUUAUCAUUCCUUUGAACUUGCCAUGCCUCUCGAUGGACAUGAUUCGAUUAAAAGGCGUGCUCCUCGACGCCAAGUUGCCGGGUAAUA